AUGGAGCACUUCACAGACAUCAGGGCGAUGGUCUCCCUCAAGACUGUCCCGCUGUACUUCCUGGCAGCAACGCUGUUGUUCGUGGUCGGAAAGCUGUUCUACAACCUCUUCCUCCACCCCCUCAGGAAGUAUCCAGGGCCGUUCCUCGCAGGCUCAACGCGAGUCUAUUACUUGUGGUAUGACGUCCGCGGGCUGAGCCACUGGAAGGUGAACGAGUGGCACCAGAAAUACGGCCCCGUCAUCAGGAUCGCCCCAGAUGAGUUGUCCUACACGGACAGCCGGGCCUGGCCGGCCAUCUACGGCUUCCCAAACAAGGAGGGCACGGGUAACUUCGAGAAGGACCCGCAGUGGUGGAACAAGACCGUGUCGGGCGUCGUCAACAUCCUCGACGCCGACGACGACGGCCACCGCCGCAUGCGCCGCCUGCAGAACCCGGCCUUCAGCGACAAGGCCCUCCGCGCCCAGGAAUCCGUCAUCCGAGGCUACGCCGCGCUUCUCAUUCACAAGCUGCACGGCCUGUGCGGCUCGUCCGGGGACGGCAGUGCGGUGGUGGAUUUGACUGCUUGGUAUAACUUCACCACGUUCGACGUCAUCGGCGACCUGGCCUUCGGCGAGCCCUUCUACUGCCUGCAGAACGCAAAGUGGCACUGGUGGCUGCAGGCCGUCUUCGACAUCUUCAAGGCGGGCACGAUGCUGCGCGCGGCGCGCCGCUUCCCCGAGCCGCUGGCCACGCUGCUGUGCCUCUUCAUCCCGCGCCGCCUGAUCCAGACGCGCAAGGAGCAGUUCGCCUUCGGCAUCGAGCGCGUCAACAAGAGGCUGGAGCAGACGACGGACAGGCCGGAUUUCAUGUCGUACAUCCUCAACGCAGACGGCGAAAAGGGCAUGACCCUCGAGGAGAUGUACACGGCCGCGCAGGUCCUCAUCGUAGCAGGCAGCGAGACGUCCGCGACGGCCCUGUGCGGCGCGACCUACCUCCUCCUGUCCAACCCAUCCACGCUCGCGCGCCUGGCGGCCGAGGUCCGCGGCGCCUUCGCCUCCGAGGACGAGAUCCUGCUGCAGCGCACCCAGGCCCUGCCGUACCUCAGCGCCGUCAUCGAGGAGGCGCUGCGGCUGUGCCCGCCCGGCCCGGGCACGUUCCCGCGGCGGGUGCCCGAGGGCGGGAGGGUUGUGUGUGGGCAGUACGUGCCGGGCGGGAAGACGGUUGGGGUUCACCAGGUUGCGACGCACCGCUCGCCGGAGAAUUUCAAGGAGCCGCUUGCUUUUCGGCCUGAGAGGUGGCUUGGGGACCCGGAGUUUGAGGGGGAUAAUAGGGCUUGUUUCCACCCUUUCUCUUUUGGACCUAGGAAUUGCAUUGGCAAGAACCUGGCAUAUGCCGAGACCAGGAUAGUCAUCGCGAGGAUGGUGUGGAACUUCGACAUGAAACUGCACCCUGACAGCGUCGGCUGGCUGGACCGUCAGAAGACGUACACCACGUGGCAAAAGGACGAGAUGAAGGUUGAGAUCAGGCCUCGUGCCAAGGUGUAG